UUAUUUUACACGUUCAUUCUAGGAAUGCAAUCAUUUUAAGAGCCGUGACGUCUAGAAUCCGCACGAGCUUUCGGAAUGGCGUCGUCCCUCGCUGCGCAGCUCGCGCAGAUCGCAGCGACAUCAACCCAUCAGCUCGACCUUAAAGCGCAGAGAGCAGCGCAUUCUCAGUCUCUGAUAUUCGAGAAGAAAAUUGCCGGCUCCCAAGAUUUUGAUACGAUCUUUCAAGUAUGCCACGAAGGGUUUCAAGAGUUAUGCUCUCUGGACUCACGGUUUCUCUCGUUCAGACGAAACAUUUUCAGCGAUCAGAGCAAAACGGAGGACCGUGGGCAAAUGACCACGAGCCAGAAUAAAGAGCUGGACAGUGUGCUGGAGGACUUCCUCUCCCUAGUUGGUGGCCGUCUAUUGUUGACACCGGCGGUCAAAGCUGUUGACUGGCUUAUUCGACGGUUUCGAGUGCACGAGUAUAAUACGUCUUUCCUUCUCCUCACAUUCCUUCCAUAUCAUACCACUCCGCUAUUCUUAAACCUCCUAUCCAUUUUACCCGAGGACCUCACUCAGACUUUCAAGGUCUUUCUUCCUUAUAAAAGAAGUAUGACCCUCCCACCCCGGCAAGUGAUUGUCCAGAGUGCUUCAACAAACAAGUCAUUCUUCUUGGCUUUGAACAAUUAUGUUUUACAAGUCAGCAAGUCCCAGGCCCAUUACCAAGGACUCGUUUCAUUCUGGGCUGGGAUCACUACGGAGGCACUCGCAAACAUGCUGGAUUCAGCUAAGUCUGGCAGGAUGGAAAUCGAGAGAAGGAACAAAGAAGAUGUGUUGAUACGGAUUUUACCAGUAUUGAACGAUGCCUUUAUGCUGAGAAAGGCACCUCAGCUUGUCGUUGGCUGUUACAUGUUGUGUGUUGUUCUCGCAAACAAGGCAUCCCUCGAAGAUCACGUUCUUGACAAUUUGAUGGAGGCAGUAACAGGUUCUUGGACGCAAACAAAUUUUGUUUCAGGUAUUACCUGCCUGUCUGUGCUAUCUCAACAGAAACAUGAGAAAUCACUACCAUCAAAAGUCGUUAAAGCGGUCCUUAGGCUGGACAAUGUUAUCGAGGUUUUCGAAGAACUUAGUGGCCGGUACGCGGUGACAAGCUUGAUCAUUGGUUUAAUAAGAAGCUGUGUUCAGGAGAAUGGGAAGCGAUCUGACCCGGCUCGUAUUCCGUUCGUUGGUCAAUUAAUACAACGCGCCAUCCUCAGCGACAGCGAAACCAUCGAAGCUUUAACCAUUUUGCUGCAGGCAUUUAGCGACUUGCAACGACAAGGUCUCGUGGCGGACGGGAUGGGAAAGCAACUGUCCGACCUACUUUUACAGUUUAACGAAUCAGACACACUCGCACCAUUGCUCCGCAAGGCCAUAGAGAAUGCGGGCGUUGACAUCACCCAACUGGAAAUGACCUUGGAAACUGUCCUUCAAGCAGACAUUAUGCCUAUGGAAAUCGAAGAUGCGGACCUGUUAGAUUUUAUCAGCAGCUCUCAGACCCAAGACGCGUUCGCAGUCGCAUUGGAACCUCUAUCCCAGGCAGCGAUAACGGAGUCAUCUUUCCUGGCACCCGGUUCGUCCCUACUAUUCGACCAAUUAGCUGAGGCUUUUAUCCACGGAGCUUCUACGAAGGACAGGGUGUCGAGAUUCAUUAAAUUGCCGGUUUUAAGGCCGGAUAAGCCUUUGGACGACCCUCUUUACUUAUCCUUUUUUAUCCGAUUUUUUUCUGGCCCAUACCCUGUGACAGCGAGGACGGUUGCUAUUAGUAUUGUGUCAUCUUGCAUCACUGCUAUGGCUGAUAAAAGCGCUGAUAUGCAAGGAAUCCUUCCAUAUAUAAUUUCUGCUCUUGCGGAUCCCUCAGAGAGGGUCCGGAGAGAGGCUGCGGCUCUCCUGAGCUUAAUUGACCGCCUUGCCUCAAAAUGCAAGGACAACGAUGAUUCUAAUGCUCAAAUUUGGGGUCGCGGGUGCCUUUAUGGUCAAAACGAACGGUCAGAAUCCGUUCAAUUUUUACCAAUGAAGGAUAUUUACAAGAUUAUUCACCAUGCUUUGAUGCCUGCGUUAGAGGAAUAUGUCCUGGAUCCAGAUCAGGUUGGCCGAACGUUGACUCAAGUAAUUCGAGGACCCCGAGCUCAGGAUGAUUCUGACCGGACUCGCUCGGAAUCUACCGGAGUAGAAUUCAAAAAACCUCUUCGUCGUGAUCUCUUCUUGUUUCUCUGCUCCCAUGCGUCUAAAACAGCACUCUAUACUGUCAAGUUACGGCUGCUAAAGUUCCUCAAUAAGGUCGGGAAAAUCGGCUCCUUAAAUCGCACUGAAGCUCUCCGACAGGUUUUUGAUCAGUGGCGACUCUUGAGCUUAGAACACCUUCAGCGUAUUGAAGACGGCGAACGAAUAUCCAUAAAUGAGCUCGAGGACCAAGUUCUAUCAAUCAUUUAUCCCAAGGACAUGGACGCUGUUGACCUUUUAUUCUCAUCUUUAACUUCUAACUCGAGGUCUAAUCGAGAAUCUUUCUUAACAGCAGGUUUCAACCGUCUAAAGGAAGUCUGGCCAUCGCUGGAAGAAACCCAUGAGUUGUCCCUCGCGAAUAGAUUGCUCCAGAUUUCUUUGAGCUUGGAGAAUGGGAAGUUGGCGGGCGCCGCAAAAGGCCUUCUCCGAUCGGUGGAUCUAUCCGGCCCUGUUAUCCUUGAGUUCCUCAAUAAGAUUUCUGCUUCUGUACCAGAUCUAGGGUCUCGUGGUCCUCCCUCAAAGAAAAGACGAACCAGCCAGAAUAACAUGGUACCGAUGAGCUCUAUAGAUAAAGAAACCGACUCGGUCCUGCAAAAGAUGACUUUUAUUCUGGAGCUCAUUGACAGUUCCCACUCGGAAAAUCACCCUGAACUUAUUUCUGGGCUUUUCCAAACGCUGACCAUUAUCCACCAUCUGAAAUUGCAAACGAGAUCAGAGAUGAGUUACCUCCUAAGUCUCAAUCUUGGAAUCCUGUUAAGUAUUGUCAAUAAGUGGAAAGGAAUGCCCACGCGGAAGAUCAAUACUUCGUCUAUUAGGGCGGAUUUAAUAAUAGAUUGCGUGCGAACAUCGGAAAGCCCGCAGGUACAAAACACUGCACUUCUCCUGGUUGCGGGACUCGCAACGGUUGCGCCGGAGCUUGUCUUGCAUAGCGUGAUGCCGAUUUUUACCUUCAUGGGCUCCAGUGUUCUAAGAAAAGACGAUGAGUACUCGGCUCUAGUGAUAGAUCAAACUAUCGACCAAGUGGUACCUCCUUUGGUCCAAUCCUUGAGAAACCAGAAGAGAGAUGUCGUCUCAGGUACAUCCGAGCUGCUUCUUUCCUUUACAACCGCCUUUGAACAUAUCCCGUCGUAUCGCCGACUCAGGCUCUUUGAAGCUCUCAUCACGAAAUUAGGCCCUGAAGAUUUCUUGUUCGCGGUAUUUGCUAUGUUUGCGAAUCGGUAUUCCAUGGAUAAGGACGUUCUGGCGACAAUGACCGCCCUCGCAUCCGAUUGCAAUGCCGAAUUACAGCUCAUUACAUAUGCAAGAUACCUUAAUUUGGUUAAGGAUGCAUUGCAACCGAAGCCAACGCUAGCGAAGACUCUUCUGGGUGUGGGCAGCGAAGAUGGAAGGGACCCGCAGAAAAUUGCGGUGGACUUACUGCAAGCUCUUUCGCAUCUUCUUAAAUUUACAUCUUUACGAACCAAGAUGAGUGAAUGCUUCGAUUCUGGAACCGAGCAACAGGUUGAUAAAGCCCACGGACUCUUCUCGGCUAUAUUGGAGCAAACACUCGCCCUGUCCGAAUCUGUCCGUACAGUCAAGCCUGUAAACAGCGCUUGUGGUGAAACCCUGGGUACAUUGCUGGGAACGUUGUCCUUAGUCGAUUUCGUCGAUACCAUUGAGGUUCUACUUCAGCGGCCAAGUGACGAUCUUCGGCGAAAAGUGAUCAAGCUCCUUGAAAACCGCAUCGAUUCGAGCAAUGACAGAGACAAGGCAUCGCAAGCACGGGUUCUAUCUUUCUUAACUGUUCUGAUUAAUAUCCUUGAGACAUCUCCCGACAUCCUGCUGAAGCAUGCUGCCGUUGCGUGCAUCGAAAAGAUCGGAGAGAAGUAUGGCAAGAAGGACCCCUCGCAGGUUCUUGCGGCAGCCAAGGUUAUCUCGGGCGAGCAUUGCCUUGGACAACCCGACAGACGUAUCAGGGUGAUGGGAUUGCUCUGUCUUGCAUCGAUGUCGGAGAUUCUUGGGGAAGGGAUCAUUCCUACUCUCCCCGAAGCCCUUCCUCGAGCAUUUGAUCUAUUACGAGACACACUUGGGGCAUCAGACGACGAUUCUCAGCUCCAUGAUGCUGUCUAUUCUCUGAUUUCUGCCCUUCUCAUUCAUGUUCCCUGGAUGAUUUCUGGCGAAUACCUAGACAACAUUCUGCAACUGUCGUUCAUAUCCUCAAACACAGACUUGGCGGAGGGUUCCGAUGAAAAUCGUCUGGAAGCAUUACAGCUGCUCGCGAAGAGAGUGGAUGUCAAAGAGGCUUUUGCUGGCGUUGAGCGGAAUUGGGAUUCGGCUGUAACGCAGGGUUCAAGGGUAAGUUUGGGCGUUGAUUUUCCAAGACGACAGGUAAUGCUAACGAAAUACGCUACGCAGGCCGUUCAGGAAGCUCUUGAUGUUGUGAGAACCGCCAUUGAGAAACAUGCAAAGUCUGCUACAGUUAAGAAUGUUUCUGUUCUGAUGAAGUUGUUGCGCAAGGCAUUCGAUUUACGCCGACUUCAGCUUUCUCCAUUAAAUGAUGGUGGCUUUGAUGAAGCUGAAGUUGACGAAAUUGAGUCUCAGGCCAAUGAUGUCGCUGUAAGGAUGAUUUACAAGUUGAACGACACCGUCUUCCGUCCGCUGUUUAUUGAUCUCACGGCGUGGGCUGUUAGCGGACUGGGAAAGAAGGAUACUACAGGGCGCGUAGCGCGGUUAACCACUUUCUACAGAUUUUUGGAGAGCUUCUUCGGGACCCUCAAGUCUAUUGUCACUGGUUAUUCAAGUUAUAUCAUUGAGAGUGCGGUGGAAGUGCUCAAGUUUUCACGGUGUAACGAUAAAGCUACAAAAACAUUAUGGCUGGCCGUGCUACGCAUGCUUCGUAAUUCAUUUGGACACGAUCAAGAUGAAUUUUGGCAAUCACCGACUCAUCUGGCAUCCAUUUCAGAGCCUCUAAUCAAGCAGCUCUCGAUGGCCACAAAUUCCCCAACCCUUGAUCUCGUGGCUGCCGAAGCAAUUCCUACCAUUGUCGAACUUGCUGUGGCAGCUGACUCCCCAGAUAACCAUAAAGAGCUAAACACGGUGAUCAUGAAGUUUAUGCGUGCAGGGCAUGGCAAUGCCCGUGGGGCGGACAAUCCAUACACGCGUCUAGCUGCAGUCAAAUGCGAGCAGCAACUGACAGAGCGUUUAGGAGAGGAGUGGCUUGCGUUACUACCCGAGAUGUUGCCGUAUAUCAGUGAACUAUUGGAGGAUGAUGAUGAAAAUGUGGAGCGAGAGGUGCGGAGAUGGGUGUUGUCGAUUGAGGACAUAUUGGGAGAGAAACUGGACGAUACGUUGACGUAGAGGUACAUGUGAGUACGGUACAUACACUUUUGGUGAAAUUUGGAGUUUUGGAGAAUGUGUAUGUUUCUGGGUACUGUCGAUGAAACUGGAUUCACAUAUAGGUCGCUGAGCAUUUAACGCUGGGGAAAAAUUCAAAAAUUUAUAUUAACAUGAAACUAUUACAGUGUUACUAUAUCAUCGAAUAAUCAUAUUAAUCGAAAUACGAUUGGCCUUUCCAGCAAG